AUGGUCGACACGUUCCUGUUGCCUACCGAAGAGGAGCUUGACACGCUUCCUCGAGUCGCCGACAAGAUCCCGUGGAGGGUGUACACGGUGGCGUUUGUGGAGCUCUGCGAACGCUUCUCUUACUACGGCACGCAGAUCUUGUUUCAGAACUUUGUGCAGCGCAAACUCCUCACUCCGACCGGCAGGGCUCCCAAUCCCGGUGGUGACACAGACAACAACCCCGGGGCUUUAGGCCAGGGCCAGCAGAUCGCCACGGGACUCGGCACCUUCUUCUCCUUCUGGUGUUAUGCACUUCCGCUUCUAGGAGCCUGGCUGGCCGACACGUACCUCGGAAGGUACAACACGAUCAUGGUCUCCAUCGCCUGUGCCAUCCUCGGCCAUGUCAUCCUGACCAUCAGCGCGGUCCCGUCUGUGCUCGAGAACACCAACGGAGCCCUGGUGGCGUUCGUGGUCGCAAUCAUCAUCUUCGGUCUGGGCACCGGCGGGUUCAAGCCCAACAUUUCCCCUCUCAUUGCCGAGCAGAUUGGCGGGGAGGAGCUGCGGAUCGCGACGAACAAACGAGGCGAACGGGUCAUUGUCGACCCGGCCCAGACGUCGGCUCGGAUCUACAACUGGUUCUACCUGUUCAUCAACAUCGGCGCGCUGGCCGGCCAGCUCUCCAUGUCGUACGCGGCACUGUACGUCGGCUACUACCUCGCCUUUCUGUUGCCAACGGUCAUGUUCCUGCUGUGCCCGCUGGUGCUGAUCGUGUGCAAGAAGCACUACCGGCUCACACCGCCGCAAGGGUCGGUGCUCGGCCCGGCAAUUAAGCUGCUCUGCUACGCGACACGAGGCCGGUGGUCGCUCAACCCGAUCCGCACGAUACACAAUCUGCGCAGCGCCACGUUCUGGGAGGAGGUGAAGCCGUCGCACAUGGCACCCGGUCGGCGGCCCAAAUGGAUGACGUUCGACGACGCCUGGGUCGACGAGGUGCGGCGCGGCUUCAAAGCCUGCACCGUAUUCCUUUGGUACCCGCUGUACUGGAUCACGUACAACCAGAUCAACAACAACCUGACGUCGCAGGCCGACACGAUGCGACACGCGGGCGUGCCGCCGGAGAUCGUCAGCAACCUAGACCCGCUGACCUUGAUCGUGCUGAUCCCCGUCUGCGAUCUGCUCGUCUACCCGGCCCUGCGGCGCGCCGGCGUCAAGUUGACCCCGAUCAAGAAGAUCACGCUGGGCUUCUGGACCGGCUCGGCCGCCAUGGUCUAUGCCUGCGUGUUGCAGCACUACAUCUACACGCACAACGAGUGCGGCCGCUACCCGAGCGAGGGCCGCGCCGAUGGCUCCGAGUGCGCGCCCGCCAGUGUCAGCAUCUGGGCACAGACGGGCAUCUACGUCUUGAUCGCCAUCAGCGAGAUCCUCGCCUCCAUCACCAGCCUGGAGUACGCCUUCACCAAGGCGCCGCGCAACAUGCGCUCCAUGGUCCAGGCCUUUGCCCUGUUCAUGACCGCCCUUGCCAACGCCAUCGGCGAGGCCCUGAUCGCCUGGUCCACCGAUCCCCUGCUGGUCUGGAACUACGCCGCCACUGCCGUCAUCGCCUUCGUCGCCGGCUGUCUGUUCUGGCGCGCCCACCGUCACCUCGAUUCCGAAGAGGACGCCCUCAACCAGCUCCCCACCGGCCACGUCCGCGUCCGUCGUGUGGGUGCUGUUGCCGCCCCGGUCCCGGCCUCGGCCCCGGCCCCUUAUGCACGCCUGUCCCGCACUCGGAGCAUUUCGAACCUCAGUGAGGCCAGUGCCGGCUCGGAAGAUGAGAUGCUGCCUAGCCGAUAA